AUGGGGCUGAAGGGGUUCGUCGAGGGCGGCGCCGCCUCCGUCGUCGCCGGCUGCUCGACGCACCCGCUCGACCUCAUCAAGGUCCGCAUGCAGCUGCAGGGCGAGGCGGCCCGGGCCCCGGCCCCGGCCAUGCGCUUCGCGCUCGUGUUCCCCCCCGGCGUGCAGCAUCACCACCACCACGACCACCUCCUGCAGCCGCCGCGCAGGCCCGGGCCCAUCGCCAUCGGCGCGCAGAUCUUGCGGGCGGAGGGCCCCGCGGGGCUGCUCUCCGGGGUGUCGGCCACCGUGCUGCGGCAGGCGGUCUACUCCUCCACGUCCAUGGGGCUCUACGACACGAUCAAGAGGAGGUGGGAGCGGGAAUCCGGCGGCGCCGCGCUGCCGCUGCACCGGAAGAUCGCGGCCGGGCUCGUCGCCGGCGGCGUCGGCGCGACCGUGGGCAACCCGGCGGACGUGGCCAUGGUGCGGAUGCAGGCGGACGGGCGGCUCCCCGCGGCCGAGCGGCGGAACUACCGGAGCGUCGCGCACGCCAUCGGCCGGAUCGCGCGCGACGAGGGCGUGCGCAGGCUGUGGCGCGGGUCGUCGCUCACGGUCAACCGCGCCAUGAUCGUCACGGCGUCGCAGCUGGCCACCUACGACCAGGCCAAGGAGGCGAUCCUGUCCCGGCGCGGCCCGGGCGGCGACGGGCUUGCGACGCACGUGGCCGCCAGCUUCACGGCCGGCCUGGUGGCCGCGGCGGCGUCCAGCCCCGUGGACGUGGUCAAGACGAGGAUCAUGAACAUGAAGGUGGAGCCGGGCGCCCCGCCGCCGUACGCCGGCGCGAUCGACUGCGCCAUCAAGACGGUGCGGUCCGAGGGCGCGCUGGCGCUGUACAAGGGCUUCAUCCCAACGGUGACGCGACAGGGGCCCUUCACCGUGGUGCUCUUCGUCACGCUCGAGCAGGUCCGGAAGCUGCUCAAAGACUUCGACUUCUGA